CACGAGGAGGAGCAUGUUGUUGUCGCACCGGAACCCCAACUUUGCAGUGAACAGAAACGACGACCGGUCGACCGGUCGACGGCCUCACACGGCGCCUUUGGAGGAUUAGACCAGACUUGGCCUUUCUCAUCAGUAGGUCCGAGCUACGCCGGCUAUGCCUCAAGCUCACGAGAAGCUCAGCUGCUUCCUCACCCCUCUUCUCGUCGCCGUUAGCCUUGCUAUCUGCAGCGCUGUAGGCGACGUUAGCGAGCAGUUCGUCUACUCCGGCGGCUUCGCCGGCGCUAACCUCACCCUCGGCGGCGCUGCCGCAGUCACACCCGCGGGCCUGCUCGAGCUCACCAACGGCACGCUCCGGCAGAAGGCCCACGCCAUCCACCCAUCCCCGUUCCGCUUCCGCAACGCGUCGACGGCGGCGCGGUCGUUCUCGGCCUCCUUCGUGUUCGGCAUCCUCUGCCCGGACGACGACAACUGCGGCCACGGCAUCAUCCUCUUCGUCGCCCCGGGCGGCUACGACUUCUCCUCCGCGUUCCCAAGCCAGUACAUCGGCUUCGUCAACAGCACCAGCAACGGGGCCGCCGCCAACCACAUCUUCGGCGUGGAGCUCGACACGGACCAGAACAACGAGUUCCGCGACAUCGACGGCAACCACGUCGGCAUCGACGUUGACGGGCUCACGUCCGUCGCGUCCGCCAGCGCCGGCUACUUCCGCGAUGGCGUCUUCGAGAACCUGACGCUGUCGAGCCGCAAGGCCAUGCAGGUGUGGGUGGACUACGACGGCGCGGGGAAGCAGAUCACCGUGGCCAUGGCUCCCGCCGGGAUGGCCAGGCCCGUGAAGCCGCUGCUCUCCACUACGUACGACCUCUCCACUGUGCUCACGGACACGGCGUACGUGGGCUUCUCGUCGGCGACGGGGUCCUUCAACUCGCGGCACUACGUUCUCGGCUGGAGCUUCGCCAUGGACGGGCCCGCUCCGGCCAUCGACAUCGCCCAGCUGCCAAAGCUGCCUCGCUUCGGCCCGAAGCGCCGCCCCAAUCUCGCGAAGAUCAUCCCACCCGUAGCGACGGCGGCGUUCAUCCUCGCCGUCGGCGCCGUGGCCGUCCUGCUGGUACGGCGGCGGCUCAGGUACAGGGAGGUGCGGGAAGAUUGGGAGGUGGAGUUCGGGCCGCACCGGUUCUCGUACAAGGAUCUGUUCCGCGCCACCAAUGGGUUCAAGGACAGGAAUCUGCUGGGCGUGGGAGGGUUCGGGAGGGUCUACAAGGGUGUGCUGCCGGUGUCCAAGCUGGAGGUCGCCGUGAAGAAGGUGUCGCAUGACUCGAACCAGGGCAUGAAAGAGUUCGUCGCGGAGGUCGUCAGCAUCGGGCGCCUGCAACAUCGGAAUCUUGCGCAGCUACUUGGGUAUUGCAGGCGUAAAGGGGAAUUGGUCCUCAUCUACGAGUACAUGCCAAAUGGGAGCCUUGACAAGCACCUGUACAGUGAUGAGAAACCGGUUCUUGAUUGGCAGAAGAGGUUCCGGGUCAUCAAAGGAAUCGCAUCGGGGCUGCUCUACCUCCACGAGGAGUGGGAGAAAGUGAUCAUCCACCGAGACAUCAAGGCCAGCAACGUGCUCCUCGACGGUGAGAUGAAUGGCCGAUUGGGCGACUUCGGACUGGCGACGAUGUACGACCGUGGCGCCAACGCGCAGACCACGCACGUCGUCGGCACCAUUGGAUACCUAGCACCGGAGCUCGGACGCACCAACAAGGCGACGCCCCUGACCGAUGUGUUCGCCUUCGGAAUAUUCAUGCUCGAGGUCACCUGCGGGCAGAGGCCCAUUACCCAAAAUUCACGGGGCGAACAGCACAUGCUGGCCGAUUGGGUGCUUGAUCGUUGGCACAAAGGAUCGCUAACCGAGGCCGUGGAUGCCAAGCUUCAUGAAUAUGAUGUCGAUGAGGCAAGCCUCGCUCUGAAGCUAGGAUUGUUGUGCUCGCAUCCUCUCUCCAACUCGAGGCCUGACAUGCGGCAGGUUGUGAGGUAUCUUAAUGGAGAUGCGUCACUACCGGAGGUCACACCGACAAACGAAACCUUCGAGAUUCUUGCGCUGAUGCAGAAUGAAGGGUUCGACUCCAAGGAUUUCUCCACCGCUCUUGCGGCCCAGUACAUGGGCCUUGCCAACAUCGACAACAACGGCAACGCCAGCAACCACAUCUUCGCUGCUGAGCUCGACACCAUGCAGAACAUCGAGUUCGAGGACAUCGACAACAACCAUGUCGGUGUGAACAUCAACGGUCUUCGCUCCGUGCAGUCGCACGCUGCUGGCUACUACGGUACCAGCGAGAACAACAGCUUCCAGAGCAUGAGCCUCAUCGGCGGGGAUGUUAUGCGGGCGUGGCUGGAUUAUGACGGAGAGCUCGCACGGAUUGACGUCACCAUUGCUCCCAUCCAGAUGUCCAAACCAGCAAGGCCACUCGUCUCUGCCACGUACAACCUCUCCGACGUGCUAAUGGAGCAAGCGUACAUCGGCUUCUCUUCUGCGACUGGCCCGAUCAACUCCCGGCACUACAUUCUUGGCUGGAGCUUCGGCAUCAACAGACCAGCUCCGGCCAUCGACAUCGCCAACCUGCCGAAGCUGCCUCGUCUUGGCUCCAAGCCAAGAUCCAAGGUCCAGGAAAUCCUGACACCAGUUGCUGUUGCAGCAUUCCUCCUUGCUCUGGGCAUGGGCGUGGUUCUACUUGUACGAAAGAGAUUGAGGUACGCUGAGCUAAGAGAAGAUUGGGAGGUCCAGUUUGGACCACAUCGGUUCUCCUACAAGGAUUUGUUCCAUGCGACCGAUGGAUUCGACGACAGGCACCUACUCGGCGCAGGUGGGUUCGGCAGGGUGUAUAGAGGAGUGCUUCCGACAUCCAGAUUGGAGGUUGCUGUGAAGAGGGUGUCCCACGAGUCGAGGCAGGGCAUGAAGGAGUUUGUCGCUGAGGUUGUCAGUAUCGGCCACAUCCGACACCGUAACCUCGUGCAGUUACUUGGUUACUGCCGGAGAAAAGGAGAACUUCUUUUGGUGUACAGCUACAUGCCAAAUGGAAGCCUUGAUAAAUAUCUGCAUUACGAAGGACAAAAGCCAGUACUGAACUGGGAGCAUAGGUUUCAGAUCAUCAAAGGCAUUGCAUCUGGGUUGAUGUACCUUCAUGACAAGUGGGAGAAAAUUGUCAUUCACCGGGACAUCAAGGCAAGCAACGUGCUCCUCGACGAAGAAAUGAACGGGCGGCUCGGUGAUUUCGGCCUCUCAAGGCUGUACGACCAUGGCACCGACCCCCAAACCACACAUAUGGUUGGCACCAUGGGUUACAUGGCCCCGGAGCUAGUACGCACGGGCAAGGCGUCACCUCCUACAGAUGUGUUUGCUUUCGGGACGUUCCUCCUCGAGGUUACAUGUGGACUAAGGCCUAUCAGGGAAGACGCACAAGGCGACCAGUUUCUGUUGGUUGACUGGGCGCUGGAGCAUUGGCAUGGCGGGACGCUCCUCAAGACGGUGGAUCCAAGGUUGCAAGGUGACUACGACGUCGAUGAGGUGUCCCUUGUUCUGAAGCUUGGGCUGUUGUGCUCCCACCCUUACAACAAUGCAAGGCCAAGAAUGCAACAUGUCAUGGAGUAUCUCGAUGGAGACAUGCCUAUCCCGGAGUUGGCGCCGGCGCAUCUGAGCUUCAAUGUGAUGGCCCUACUGAAAAAUAAAGGCUUUGACCCGCAUAUAAUGGCAUCGGCACCAUCAUCAGUGGUUAGCAUCGGCGCUAUAUCUGAUCUAUCAGGAGGAAGGUGAUGAAAUGACAUGUAUCAUGUCCUGUACUUCAUUGGCCCAUUUUGUUAGCUCUUAUAUAAAUGUGAGUCUGUUACAAGUAAAAUUAGGACUAAGUAGUAAAUCAGAUAAAUGGUUGCUGCAAAUGCUACUGCCACAUGGGUUGGUUGUUCCGUCACAAGAUGUAAGUAAAAUAAAGCUUGAAGAACAUCCAAAUCUGGCAAGAAAAAGGGCAAUCCCAUUGUUUACUGAUGGACUUCCCUAAAUUAUGUUGACGAAAGGCAGAGCUUGAUUUGGAUAUUUGGUGUUGUCCAGUUACUUCUGAAGAAAUGAAAUGGUUUUAUAUAUGCA